CGACAGGAGGAACACUACCCAUUCAACGAGCCACCAUGUUCACCAAGGUCCUUCUCUGCUGCAUUCUCGCCGUCGCCGCUUCUGCUCCAGUUGAGGAAUACCCACCACAGCCAUACAGCUUCAGCUACGACACCACUGACGAGUUCGGUACCCGCCUGACCCGCGAAGAGACUGGUGACGCCAACAACUACAAGGUCGGCUCCUACAGCUACACCGACCCCAGCGGCAUCACCCGUACCGUCAAGUACACCGCUGACGCCGAGGGCUUCCACGUGACCAUCGAGACCAACGAGCCAGGAACCAAGAGCUCCAACCCAGCCAAUGCCCUGUACUCCUCAGCCGCCGUUGACGUCGCCCCGGCCCCUGCGACCCCUGUCGUCGCCAAGCCCUUUGUCCCCGCCGUGAAGCCCGUGGUCGUGCAGGCUGCCCCACACCCAGCUCAGUUCGCCAUUCAUGCUGAACCCGUGUCCUUUGGCACUGCCCACCAUGUGGCCCCAGUCACAUUCACCAUCGGCAAGGCCAAGGCUUAAGUCAAGCAUAUCCAUACAUCACUAACACGGACCACGGAAACAUAAAAGACGACCACACGCACAGGUGGCUGGAGCUGGAGACCUUUGCAGCCCAUCGUUCAUUCUACCUGAAAAAAUACUACACACUGUUAUAUUUGUACAAUGAAGUUUUAUCGAAUGUUCUCGUUAAUGAAGACUCUAAAAUAAAUUUAAAUUUAUUCUCAA